GAGUUUCGAAGUGAGCGCACCAUCGGGAAUCUGUCGACACCGUUGUGUACAAGCUGUUGAGCCAAGCCAACAUCACUUCCAUGUAACCACGACCUAAAAUUGAACUCAUUUACCGAUAUCAACAUCCCGGAAUUUGUUAAAAGGCGACUACUUUCUUGAGUGAAAAAAGUCAUAGUGGAAAUAGUAUUCUCUGGUGUUUGGCUCUGCGUGAACUACCGUUCCUUCAUUAGCAGUGUAUAUCAGGUAUAAAUUGGAAACAUCGUGACAUGUCGGAAUCAGGCCACAGUCAGCCCGGUAUGUACGGGCAGGGACGCAGGAGGAGGCGACGUCGGGGAGAUGUAGGACCCAUGGGACAAAAUCUCUCUGGCCCCAGUCGAGAUCGUGAAUAUCAACCUAGAGAACGAAGGGAUGGUAGCGAAGAUCCACCAGGACCCCUCAUUCAGAAGACCCCCAUCAUAUUAGCCAAACCUCCCGGGGAAAGGGCUAAAACAGCGCAGAAUGCACCUGUCAGUGGAACUCCGGUCAUAGAGAAACCCAUCAUGCUUAUGAAAGCCAGAGAGGAUGGAGGGAAGCCGGGGACGCCUCCGGAGGCAGCGUCUCAGUCCGCUGGACCGGGACCCUCCAAGGUAGAGAGGGAAGGGCAGCGGCCUACGCAGCCUGUAUAUCAGAUUCAAAACAGAGGAAUGAAUGCUUCUGCAUCAAGCGGCACAGUGGAUCCCAUGGUAGGUCAAUCUAAACUCCUUCCCCCGGAGAAAAUGAAGCACAGCAUUAAGCUGGUGGAUGAUCAGAUGAAUUGGUGCGACAGUGCUAUGGAGUAUCUGAGGGACCAGACGGACAUGCUAGUGGUGGGAGUCAUCGGCCUUCAGGGAUCAGGGAAAUCUACCAUUAUGUCGCUGUUAUCUGCCAAUACCCCUGAGGAAGAUCAAAGGAGCUAUGUAUUUAGAGCCCAGCCGCAAGAAAUCAAGGAGCGAGGAGGUAAUCAGAGUACAGGCAUUGAUUUCUUCAUUACACAGGAGAGAGUUAUCUUUUUGGAUACACAGCCUAUAUUGAGUCCAUCAAUUCUGGAUCACCUUAUAAACAAUGAUCGGAAGUUGCCUCCCGAGUACAACCUUCCCCAUACGUAUGUAGAGAUGCAGUCUCUCCAGAUCGCCGCCUUCCUGUUUACAGUGUGUCACGUUGUCAUUGUGGUUCAAGACUGGUUCACAGACUUGAAUCUUUACAGGUUUCUUCAAACUGCUGAGAUGCUGAAGCCUUCCACUCCCUCUGCAAGCCACGACAGCACGGGCUCUUCCGGCAGCGACGACGGAGCAGAGUACUAUCCUCACAUAGUAUUCCUACAGAACAAGGCCAGACGGGAAGAAUUUUGCCCAAGAAAUCUGAAGAAUAUGAACAUGGUGGUGGACAAACUAAUGGCCCAUUCUCAUCUUAAAUACAAAGGUACACUGUCCAUGCUAGAUUGCAGUAUUUUUCCAGGCCUGGGGCCGGACUAUUUGCCUACUGAGGUCAACAUGUUCCUGCUUCCUGUGCAAGGAAGUGAUGGCGAGGAUAACUUGAACAAAGCAGGAUCAGGAACGUACCCACUUUUCUCCCUGCUCCCUGGGUACAGAGGACACCCCUCAUUUUCCACCAUGGUGUCGAAACUUCGCAGCCAAGUACUUGCAAUGCCCCGCUGUCAGCUGUCACACACCAUACUCACAGAGAAAAACUGGUUUCACUAUGCAGCACGCAUCUGGGACAGUGUGAAGAAGUCCUCGGCUCUGUCUGAAUACAGUCGUCUCCUCUGCUAGCUCCUGAACUGGACUGCUGUUUUUUGCAGUUGUAUUUUAUAUGUGCUUACCCAUGGAGGCUGCCACUUGAAGGACCAUCACAUCGAAGGCAUUCCCUAAUAAACUGCAGUGAUUUAAACUUGUCGUGAAAGAGUGCCUGAUGGUUGGCGGCUCCAGGCCUCAAGGAAUGUAAUGCAUACUGAUGCAGCCGCACAGCUGACAGAGAGAAGAAAUAAAAGACACGGUCGCUGUUAGACUUAAAAAGAUGGGGCCAUAUUUUGUUGAAAGGGUAAAAUGAUUUUAAAACUGGAUUAAAGGAAGAAGAAAAACAACCCAAAAGUUACCUUUUAUGUGAAGAGAGUUUUAUAGUCUCCCUCCAACAACAUGCCAUAGUCACAUUGUUGUUUUACAAAACCUAACAUUUUCAGUUUUAUUUUCAGUGAAAACUAUAGCCUUGAACUGGCACGUUCAUGCAAGAUUGAGAAACAACAGACCGUUUCUGAAAUGCUUGUGCUUUCUUGGGUAAGUUUCGUUAUCUGUACACAUGUCAUUUUCAGGGAAAUGAAAGGAAACUAAGUAAAGCUCCCGGGCCUGAAUACCUUUAAAAUAACAACUUCUCAUAACUGUCAUGUACCAGUUUCCCACUUCUUAAUUCAAGCUGGCAUGCAUUCAAUUAUAUGUCUCUCAUGUAUCGAGGUAGGUGAAUUAUUAUGUGGCUGUACAGUCAAUGCACUCUGAGCACUUACUUUUUACUUUUGGUACAGCUAGAGAAUGACUUCCUCCUCACACUCAUCUUCCACAGUUGAUAUUAAAGAAUGUUUUCUUUUGCCAAGCAUCAUUAUUACAGCCGUAAAAUUAAAGAUUGUUUUUGUUAGCAGGUGGAUUCCAAACCCAUUGUAUAAAACUUAAGAAAUAGUUAUUUUUUACUCUUUUGGUAACCCCAUCCGCAGACAGGGGGAUGCCAUUCUUAAAAAGAUAUUGAAUCAAAUGAUGUAAGAAGGCCAAACAAAAAGAACUAUUUAUCUUUACCUUUCAGGUGCUAACAACCCAAGUGAGGUGACUGCAAAACGAACUGCUGAACACAAAUACUUGGUUUGUUAUAAAAAACAAAAACAGCCACCGUUAAGUCUCAGCAUCCCACCUUUAAGCUACAACGGCAGCCCCUCACGAGGAAUUUAUGCUUUAUGCUCAUUUUAAUAAGUGCAGAGAAAGAAGUAAACUGAGAAAAAUCAACUCAUGCAUUGACAGUAUAAAAAGACAAGCAAUGCCAUGCAAAAGUAUUGCAUUUACAGAACACGCGCAAUACUUUAAGGACAUUUUUUGUGGGAAGUAAAGUACAAACAAGACACAACAACAGCAAACCUAGUUUCUAUAAAAUCUGUACUUUUUUGAGACACCUUGUGUGGUAAGCUGCAAGUCACGAAGCCUGUAUGAGGAUGGGAAAAAAAGCAAAGCUGCAAAACCAGUUCUGAAAUCUAAUGAUGCCUUCUGAAUUAAUUUCAUCUCUGGUGAAAGAGGGAGUAUGCUUAGCUUAAGGGCGGGCCUCCAGAAGAGCCUUUUAAAGCUGAAAUGGGACAAAGCAAAGCCCCAUCUGGUCCACUCACACAAUGCAUCUCUUGUCACUGAUCCUUGGAGUUUGGCUUCUCCCAAAAGCUGACAGUCUGAAAUGCUACGAGUGUUUAAUGGGAAUGUCUGGAAAUUGCCAGGAUACAAAAGAAUGUCCCUCAAAGGAUCACCAAUGUAGUUCCGUCAGAAUCGUGUCCUAUGUCGGUGGUUCAAAACUCAGUGACGUUGAGGCAAAAGCUUGUUCUUUGGCUCAAGAGUGUGUCGAGGGUUCAGUCAACUUUGGAGUUGCCAAAACCCGGAUUGCCAGCAAGUGCUGCAACUCAGAGCUCUGCAAUGUCCAGUCUGCUCCUGAUGUCAGCAAAUCCUCUCCAAAUGGCAAAAAGUGCUUUAGCUGUGAAGGAGAAACGUGCACUAAAACCUUGAACUGUGAGGGGAGUGAGGACCACUGCCUUAAAACAACAAUGAAUGUGGGAGGAAGGAAGAUGACCGUAAAGGGUUGUGCUUCUAAGAUGAUGUGUUUAGCUUCAUCAGCCGCACAGAUGGCAGGAGCCAUGGGAGCGGAAAUAAACUGCUGUCAGGGCGAUUUCUGCAACAGCGCCAGGAGCACAAGAGCCACUCUGCUGCUGAUAGCUUUGCCACUGAUUUCUUUGGUCUAUUUCUUUUAGCUGAUAAAAUAAAAGUAAAGACCGAUUUCUUUUUCUACCAAUUUUGAAAAGUUAUGGAGUUAAUUUGUAACAAAGUUGUAGAAAAAAGUUUUUUUUUUUACUUGCUCUUGCUUUCACUGCCUAGCUGUUUAGAAAACAGGUUAAACUUUUCAGCCAAAGUAUAAAUGUAAUGAGGCAAAGCUUGCUCUAAAUGUCCGAUUAAAGCAUGUUAGAUCAGGAAUUCGUAUCCUGCAAAUAAAAAGAUCGAUAUAAAACUGGAUGUUUUAAUAUAUUCUACAAUCAGUCUAACAAACUGAUGGAUGUCAGAGAGAGUGCAGUAACAGGAAGUAACCAAUGAACUUUUAGGAAGUGUACUACUUGACUCAUGUCAUUAGGAUGAGCACCCAAUACUAUUAGAAUAAAUGUCUGCAUGUGAGUAUGUUUGGCACUUUAAACUAUAUCUACAGGAAUACCGGUUAUACCUCCUACUCAAUAGGAUCAGGAUAAUAUUUGUAACCGAUUAUUUUCCCCAUGUGCUCAAUAUGCAUCAGCGACCCUCUGAGCCAGUUCAUGUCGAACAACAGAACCCCCAGAAUUCAACCAUGGGACUCUAAAAGGCUUGAAAAAAAACCAACACAAUUACUAAUGUGUAAGAAAUUGGUCACAAAUAAGCCCUAUCGUUGGAAAUGGAACUCCCUGUUGAACAUGAGUGGAAUCAGUUCAAACGUUUUUAUCAAUCAUCAUCACCUAUUGAUUUAUUGAUAAAUGACCACUGGUACCACAACAUCUACUGUACAGUUCUCCUCUGGAAGUCAUGAGAUACACUAUCAGAAAAGGAAAGUGUUUUCAUUUAAUAGCUCACAGCAGUAAACAGUUUAUGC